CUUUGGCUUUGAGCAGUGGCAGGAGGGGAAGGUGCUGCUGACACCAUGAUGUCCCUGGGUGUUGCUAAAGGAGGGAGGGAGCUGCUCCCAGCCACGGACGAGGAUCGCCGCAGGAUCAUCCGGCAGAUGAAAGUGCGCACCACCCUGCGGGGGGACCAGAGCUGGAUCCAGCACCACAACUCGGAUGAGGAUGAGGAGAAGAGCAGCCCCCUGUCUGGACAGGCUGCUGGGAGACCCCCAGUCCCCAAACCCUCUGCUCCCCAGCAGGACAGGUCCUCUGCCUCCAAGCCUCAGUCUGGAUACCUCAUCAGGGGGGUGUUCACCAGGACCAUUGACAAGAGCUCCCCAGAUUCUUCACCUUCCAGCCCAGCACAGAAAAACACCUCCCUGAAGGGCCAGAGCCGCUCCCCCUCGGGAUACAGGAUGACCACAGAGGACUACAAGAAACUAGCUCCCUACAAUGUCCGGCAGAGGUCCGGGGAUGAGGAUGAGGAGGAGGCACCUUUUUCUCCGGAUGAGCACAAGAAGAGGGCUGAGGCUGCCAACAGCGUCCUGCGGCGCUCGGCCGGCCGGGAGCGCUCCUACGUCCUGUCCGCAGCCAAAAAGAGCAAUGGCAGCCCAACACAGGAGUUCCCAGCCCUGUUUGCCAAGAGAAUUGAGAUAGAAGAGGAGGAAGGACAGCAGAGGAGCAGCCCGACUGUGCCGGGUUCAUCCAGCCCCAAACCAGGCAGCAGGAGCCAAACAUCCCCAUCCCUGAGUGACACUUUGGGGAAAAUCUCCAUUUCUGCUGAGAUCAGGAAUGCUGAGGACACACGGGACCUGAAUGGGAAAUCCUCCUUGGAAAAGGUGUCCCAGCGUGGGGAUGGUGACAAAACUCUGAAGGAAAAGCCUGAGAGGUUCCCAUGGGAUGAAGGAGCCCCCAGAGCCAGCAGGGCUUCCACGAAUGGAAGUUUUCCUGAGCACACGGAAGCCAAUAAUGGGUUUUACCCACCAGAGUCCAGCUCUGGCUCCUGGGACAGACCUGGGGAUGCUCCAGAGAAGCUGCUCCAUCCUCCCGAGCCCUGCCAGGGUGACUCCAGGUCACCCUUGCAGUCUGAUGUCCCUUUUCAUCCCACUGAGAGAACCCCUGUGCGCAUCGAAGACACAGAAUAUUCCUUUGAAAGGUCUGGCCAGGGCUAUGAGAACAGGAGCAGCUCCACGGAUCCUGAGGGCUCAUUCCACCACCAGCCCUACUGGGAUGAGACGAGGUUUCUGGACUCAGCCAGCCUCACUGAGAGGGGCCAAGGAGCUCCUGGCCACGACACCCCCCCGGAGCCCCCCAGGCAGAAGGAUCCCACUGAGCCCAGCAGGGCCAGGUCCAGCUCUGUUCCUGGGGGAAGCAGCAUCCCAGCUCCAGAGAUUCCAUGUGCAAACGAGUCUGAGCCACGCGGGGACAGGAUCACUGUGGACCAUGAGGAAAAAAGCACUCCCAGCACAGACAGCCACUGGGAGAGCCUGGGGGGCUGGAGGCACAGUGAGCCCAGCCCGGGGCCAGCCAGCAGGUCUGACCUCAGCUCCCAGCAGAGUGUUCCCAGUGCCCACGAGUCCCGGCCCCCCGUGUCCCUGUUCCAGGAGCGCCGGUCCUUCGCAGGCUCCGUGCCCAGCCACAGGAUUCCAGCCUAUGUGGACAGCCAGGUGUUCAGCACCAGGAGCAGGCCCAGCCCUGAUGCCCAAGGGAGCGUUUAUCCCGGGAGCAGCUGGUAUGACAGUGCCAGGGGGCACGGGGACUUCAGCCCCCCUGCAGGACGGUGAACUGUUCCACCUCCUCUUCCCAGAGAUGCCACCAUGUCCCAGAGAAGCCACAGGGUGCCGUUCUACAUGGACAGCUUAAACUGUAACAGCACCAGGCUCCUGUCCAGCUCCAGUGAGAGGCUUUGCAGCUCCCACCACAGCUCUGGGUACCAGCCUGACUCCAGCACUGCCGGGAGAGGGAUCCUCUUUGUCAAGGAGUACGUGAACACCGGAGGCUCGCCACGCCACGGCAGUGGCAGCCUUGUGGAUCUGAGUGACCUGGAGAGAAGCAGCUACAGCCAGCACAGUUUCCUGUCCAGUGCUCCCCUGCACAGGUCCAGUGAGCCCCUGUGCAGCUACUGCAGCCGGGAGAUCCGAGACUGCCCCAAGAUCAUCGUGGAGCACCUGAACAUCCACUGCCACGAGUACUGCUUCAGGUGUGGAAUCUGCCACAAAGCGAUGGGAGAUCUCCUGGAUAAAAUAUUCAUCCACCGGGACAUUGUCCACUGUGACAAGUGCUACGAGAAGCUCUUCUAG